AUGGAAACUAGAUUACCACCCCCAUCAGGUCCACCACCCAGAUAUACAGCGGUAGUACAAAAAGUUUAUCCAUAUUCCUUACGUCCAGUAAUUUUCUUCACUGCUGGUCUAGGCUUUAUAUAUGGUUUAGCGUUAGGUGUUGAUAGUAUCAGAGAUUUAGGAAAUGAUAAUGAAACUUCAAAAGAAAAGAUCUUUGAUAUCAUACAAGCAAUCUUGUAUUUCGUAGUAGCAGGUCUCGAAGCUUUUUGUAUCGUGAUAGCUUUUAUCCACAAGACACCUCUUGCUCGAUUCUUGCUCUUCCUUGCUCCUAUCGGUAUCCUUGUCAACUUAGGUAAUCAGGUUAUAUCCGUUGUACUGCAUUUCGCAUUGAAGACCGACUUGAUAGAUCAAUGUGUCAAGAACGAGGUCGGUGAAGAAGCUUACAACAGUAUUGGCAAUACCAUCUCGAUCAACGAUGAUCAAGCCCAAUCAAUUUGCGACAACGCUUGGGAUAGAGGUACAUGGUCUGUGUUCGCUUGGCUAUUCUUGAGUGUCAUUCUUUCACUGUUGUUCGGUUCAAUUCUCUUAUCAUAUUAUCGACAAGUACUUGAUCCAUCGUCCGUGCGAUCAAGAGUGACCAAUCAACCUCAAGCAUUUCAAAUGCAACCUGGCUAUAAUCAAUAUCCACCCCCAAACAACAACCAAUCUCAAACGUGGAUGGUACCACCUUAUCCUGGACCACCAAUGAAUGGAGCGCCACCACCUCCGCCCAAUGGAUUUGAGAAGUCAGAUUAUCAUCCUGAAGCGGGAUGGGCUCAAGAGCAAGAUUCUUAUGCACCUCCUUCAGGUCUACCCCCACCAAGAGGAGCAGGGACAACGUCGGUAAACAGAGAAGAAGAAGAUGCAUGGGAAAGAGCCCAAUCACAAGGUGUCACUGCUCAUCUAACAGGACAUGGACUCGCUCCAAGAGGUUAUGAAGAAACGCAAUUGACAGGAUAUAGAAUCGGUAAUGAUGAAGAAGAUGAAGCUUGGGAAAGAGCAAGAAAUGAGGGUCCAACUGCUCAUUUGACAGGUAAUGGUAAUUUCAGUUCAAGUAGGAAUAGGGAAGGUGCGAUUUAG